AUGAGCGCAACUAAUCCUUUCAUCUACAUUGGGUUCUUCCGGACCUACCGUGAACCCCAUUAUGAUACGGAUCCUACACGGCCUCCUGUUGAGCUCUAUGGCGCAGAUUCUAUUUACAAUACUCUAAUGACUAGCUUCAUCAGGAAAAGAAACAUCAAUGCCAAUGUUAUUACCAAGAUCUCGGAGAAUAUUGGGACGAUAUACUUCCUGGACCCGGGUACUGGUGUUGCUACAUUCCUCGUCACUUCAGCCGAGUAUGAGAACUCCCCUAUUAAUCGUACCGACGCCGGCUCUGAGCGUAAAGACACUCCAGCGGAAAUUAUAGUCAAAUAUGUCACCCGGAAGUUGGAGAGCAAGAUAGGGGCCGAUUUUCAUCUGACACUGAAAUCUCGAGAAGAAGUUGACCCGAAGGAUUCCAGGAGACGAGAUGAACUUAUUACGCUGGCAAAGAACGAAUUGAACGCGUAUCUUGUUCGCGCUAACCAGGAGCCAGAUAAAGUUCGCAGAAUAACGCUGGACGAUCGGAUCACGGGAAUUCAGGACCAGCUUGAUGAUGUAAAAAGGGUGAUGCACAAGACUAUUGACGCGGCUUUGAUGAAAGGGGAGAAGUUAGAUAGUUUGAUCGCCAAGAGCGACAAUUUGAGCAUGCAGAGCAGAGCAUUUGCCGCUCAGGCAAAGAAGCAAAAUUCAUGCUGCGUGGUUAUGUAA